GUUGCGCGAGGGCGCGGGGGCGCGCCGGGUCACGUGACGCCGAAGGCCAGCAACCACGUGGGCCGGGGCUGGGCGGCGCAGCUCCCUCGGCCCCGCGGGUCCCGCGAGGGUCCCAGGUCGCCCCCGAGCUCCCCUUCCCGGUCCCUCCCUUCGCCCUGACCCCGCGGCCCCGCCCCCAGGUGGUGCAGCCGGGACCGCGGUUCCGGGGACAGAUGGGCUGCGGGAGGCCUUGCAGGCUGUGUCCAGGCUGUGAGCUGCCCUAGGGCGGCAGACAGGCUGGGCGUGGGUCCUAGACAUGGCCCAGCCACUGAACUUUGUCCUCCAUGUUCCCGAGACCCCAGAGGACCACGGCCAGGAGCCCAGCCCCUACGAUGAGAGCGACGUGCACGACUCCUUCCACCAGCUCAUCCAGGAGCAGAGCCGGUGGGUGGCUGAGGAGGGGCUGGAGCUGCAGGAGCGGGAGCGGGGGGCUGGAGCCCCCCAGACCACAGGCAGCGGCAGCCGGAUCCCACCGGGGCCAGAGGAUGCCGGGGCUCCCAGCACAGCCACGCUCCGCAUCUUGGCCAGUAUGCCCAGUCGCACCAUUGGCCGCAGCCGUGGGGCUAUCAUCUCCCAGUACUACAACCGCACGGUCCAGCUGCGACGCCGGGUCAGCCGGCCUGAGCUCAGGGGUGUGGGGCGCUCGGCCCGGCCCAGCCUCCGCCUCUAUGACCUGGAGCUUGACCCUGCAGCCCUCGAGGAGGAGGAGAAGCGGCUCCUGCUGGUGAAGGAGCUGCAGGGCCUGACGGUGGCCCAGCGGGACCACAUGCUCCGGGGGAUGCCCUUGGGCCUGGCUGAGAAACGCUGCCUGCGAGAGGAGAGCCGGACCCCAAGGGGGAAGCGGCGGGGCCGGCCUGGCCGGCGUGGGCUCCUCCCCUGCUGUGGCCGGCUCCGAGACGCCUGCGUCCUGGCCCUGCACGGCCUGGGGCUCGCACUGCUCUCGGGCCUGCUGGCCCUGGUGCCCUGGCGCUACGCCCUGAAGCGGAUCGGAGGCCGGUUCGGCUCCAGCGUGCUCUCCUACUUCCUCUUCCUCAAGACCCUGCUGGCCUUCAACGCGCUCCUGCUGCCGCUGCUGCUCGCCUUCCUGGUGGGCACGCAGGCCGCCUUCCCGCCGCCCGCCUCCCCGGGCUCUGCCCCCAGCUUCACGGGCCUGGAGCUGCUCACGGGCGGGGGCAGCUUCAACUACACUGUCCUGUACUACGGCUACUACAGUAACAGCUCGCUGACCCGGCCGUGCGCGCUCCCGCCGGGGGGUCCGUGCGGCCGUGAGGCCGAGAGCCUGCCCUACAACAUGCCCCUGGCCUACCUCUUCACGGUGGGGGUGGCCUUCUUCAUCACCUGCAUCACGCUGGUGUACAGCAUGUCCCGCUCUUUCGGGGAGAGCUACCGGGUGGGCAGCGCCUCGGGGGUUCAUGCUGUCACCGUCUUCUGCUCCUGGGACCACAAGGUGACUCAGAGACGGGCCUCCCGCCUCCAGUGUGACAACAUCCGAACCCAUCUGAAGGAGCUGUUGGCGGAGCGGCAGCGGCAGCAGGGCCCCCGGAGCGCGUGCGGGCGGCUGCGGCAGGUGGCCGUGCUGGGGCUGGUGUGGCUUCUCUGCCUGGGGACCACGGUGGGCUGCACUAUGGCCGUCUACGCCUUCUCGGAGCUCAUGAUCAAGAGCCCAGUGUCCGCUGAUCAGGAGGGGGCACUGCUGGCCCUGCCCGUGGUGGUCUGCCUCCUGAACCUGGGGGCCCCCUACCUGUUCCGUUGCCUGGCGGCCCUGGAGCGGCAGGACUCCCCGGUCCUGGAGGUGUACCUGGCCAUCUGCAGGAAUCUCAUCUUUAAGAUGGCCAUCCUGGGCAUCCUCUGCUACCACUGGCUGGGCCGCAGGGUGGGCACCCUGAAGGACCAGUGCUGGGAGAACUUCGUGGGCCAGGAGCUCUACCGGCUCACGGUGCUGGACUUCAUCUUCGUGCUGCUGGACACGCUGUUCGGGGAGCUGGUGUGGAGGCUCAUCUCUGAGAAGAAGCUGAAGAGGAGGGAGAAGCCAGAGUUCGACAUUGCCGGGAAUGUCCUGGAGCUGAUUUACGGGCAGACCCUGACCUGGCUGGGGGUCCUCUUCUGUCCUCUCCUCCCCGCCGUCCAGAUCAUCAAACUGCUGCUCAUCUUCUACGUCAAGAAGACCAGCCUGAUGGCCAACUGCCAGGCACCCCGCAGACCCUGGCUGGCCUCCCACAUGAGCACCGUCUUCGUCUCGCUGCUCUGCUUCCCCUCCUUCCUGGGAGCCGCCGUCUUCCUCUGCUACGCCGUGUGGCAGGUGAAGCCUUCCAGCACCUGCGGCCCCUUCCGGACCCUGGACACCAUGUAUGAGGCGGGCAAGGUGUGGGUGCGCCGCCUGGAGGCGGCGGGCCCCCGGGUCUCCUGGCUGCCCUGGGUGCACCGGUACCUGGUGGAGAACACCUUCCCCAUCUACCUGGUGUCAGCCCUGCUGCUGGCCGUGAUCUACCUCAACAUCCAGGUGGUGAAGGGACAGCGGAGGGUCAUCUGCCUCCUCAAGGAGCAGAUCAGCAACGAGGGGGAAGACAAAGUCUUCUUGAUCAACAGGCUUCACUCCGUCUACGAGAGGAAGGAGAGGAGCAGGGCUGGUAGAAGCCAGGAGACCGAGAGGCUGGUGGACCAUCCGGACGCCUGGUAGGAUGCGACAGGCCUGGAGGCUCCGCGUCUGCUCACAGGGGUCAGAGGACACAUUGGCUCGCCUCCCAGAGACCGUCUUUACAACCCCGGUGAUCAGAAGCACCGACGCUUGCCCAAGUGACUGAAGGUCCUGGUGUCUGCAGUGGGCUGGCUCUCCAGCUGCCCCCCGGGGAUGCCACAGGGACAAAGCCACAGCCUCCUGCGGCGGCCUGAGGUCCGUCUGCUCUUUCUGUGCAAAAUGCUUUGUGAACGUUACCUCUCACAGGUUGAGGCUACUUUACAAGGAUAUAUGAAUAAAAUGUCCAGGAAACACAAAAGAUCUUCAUUACUCUCUCUGGUCCAAAUAUUUCUGAGGCCUAAACCGGGUCACCGGUGACAAAGGCACAGUCCUCAGCCGGGACACUCGGCCCUCGGGCCCCAGCUACAUCUCCGGUGCGGCAGGUUCAGGUGGCGGCGGUGGUGGCGAGCUCACCCUCUCUGCUGCGGCCUCUGGGUGAUCAGCAGUAAGGUUUCAGUGCGAACUGCAAAGCCGCAAAACACAUGGUAAAAUUAUAAACCAAACAACAGAAAUUCAGAGCUCAUCUGAUUACCUAAGGGAGACUCUCUAAGGAUGUCAUGAGCAGAGGCAGGGCAUGUGUUGCGGAUGGCACAACAGCGCUCUCCUCAGCACGUACAAAGCGCAAAUCGAUGCUGUCUGUGAAAAAUCAAAAAACACAUUUCUUUGAACAGCCAAGAAAAAAAUUGCAAUUUAUUAAGAUUCAACAAAGCGUUGUACUUCGGAAAGCAACUUUCGGUGCGUGUUCUUCAACGAUCACAUUCUAUGAGGAAAAAACAUUAAAAGCCACAAACUUGUUUUUUAAUCUCAGAGUUACAGACAUCUUUUAACUCAAAAGAAAAAGGUCAAAAAAAACAAAAAAAAAGUCAACAAAACCCAAAAACAAACAAACAGAGUCUUUACUUCCAUCCCCAAUUUAAAGUUCUCAGUUCUUCUACAGCUCGAUGCGAAGCGGCAGCAGGAGCGCCGUCUGGUGCACACACGCAUACACGCACACACGCACGCACGCACAUAUAUUUGAUAUACACACGUGAGGGUAUGUACAUCGAAUAUAUAGAGCGCAUGUAAUGGCAAUGAGAUGCUAGUACUCUGAGGAAGGUUUGUUUCGCUAACACACGACUCAGCUUGAGAAAACAAGUCUUGAACCCAGUUUGUGCAUAGUUCAUGAUCCUCUAUAAAACCAGCUUUUGUUGAUCUGCAAUUUUGCAGGACCUUCUUUUUUUGUUUUUUUGUGGGUUUUUUUUUUUUUUGUUUUGUUUUUUGUUCUUUUUUGUUUUGUUUUGUUUUGAUAAAACCAUUAAAAAGCUAAUUAAAAAAAAUGUAAUGCACAAGUUUCCUGAUCAAGCAGGCAGGGAGCACAAUGUUCAUAUAUUUUUAAACAUACUUGAGGGUAUGUUACUCCAUUGUCUGUCUUUCUUGCAAAACAAUCAAAACAUUGAUCAUUUUUAAAACAUAAAGCAAUUUUUAAUAUAUAAAGCACUCUUCAAACAUCUAUUUCUUUUGAGUCCGUUAUUUGGUAAAUAUGUAACUGCUACACAUUAGAGAUUAGGUAUUUUUCUUCUUUGUGUUUUUUUUUUCCUUUUUUCUUUUUUUUCUUUCUUUUUUUUUUUUUUUUUUUUGUUUGUUUUU